UGAGCUGCAUAGCUCUUAUAGAAGUUUUCUACGCAUUCUUUUCUUUGUUUCUUCAACUGAAAAACAAAUUAUGGGUUUAUUGGGCAAAUUGACAGUCCAAGUUGAGAUAAAAUCAGAAGGAGACUUGUUUCAUCAACUGUUUAAACACACUCCACAUCAUGUAUCAGGCAUGAGCCCUGAUAUAAUCCAAGGUUGUGAUCUUCAUCAAGGAAAUUGGGGCACUGUGGGAUCUAUUAUCUGUUGGAGCUACACUCAUGAUGGAAAACAAAAGAUUGCGAGGGACAUAAUUGAAGCUAUAGACGAGGAAAAAAGGUCGAUAACGUUGAAAGUGAUCGAAGGAGAUAUACUGGAGUUCUUCAAGAGCUUUACAUUAGGAAUUCAUGUCGACACAAACGGCCAGACUCAUCUAGUGACAUGGGUCCUAGAGUACGAGAAACUACACGAGGACGUCGAGGAUCCAGUCUCGCUCAUCCCUCUUUACAUCAAGCUCACAAAAGAUAUUGAAGCCCAUCAUCUUAACAAUAUCUAAACUUUAUCGCUAUAACAAAAUCGAGAAAUAAG